AUGCGAAGCCCCGCGGCCCCCAGCUGGGGCAGCGGACAUGAGGCCAGGGGUCAGGGGUCAGGGUUCGUCAGGAGCGCGCUGCUGCUGGCUCUGAUGCUCGCAUCGCCCCUCGGCGCGUCAGCCCUUGCCUCCAACUGUGCGUCGCCAAGCGGCCCCUCUGGCGUGCUCACUGUGGUGAACAAGAUUCGAGCGCAAUUCAAGGCGCAAGCCCUGGUGUGGAAUGCCACGCUGGCCACCAGGGCACAGCUGCACGCCAAUAAAUGCCUCUGGGAACACUCAUCGAUUGCCUCGCGGCAGUGGGGAGAGUGGGACUGGGACGGAGAAAACAUCUACCGCACGUGGGGCACGGCCUAUCCAAUUGAUGGCCAUGAUGCUUGCGCCUAUGCCGACAUAGUGUGGGCUUCUCAGGUGUCGAGCUACAACUUUGACCAGCCAAACGUGCCCCGGCACAGUGGUGACACCAAGCACUUCUCCCAGCUGGUGUGGGACUGGACGCAGUCGGUUGGCUGCGGCUACGCGGUGUGCCCAACCAUGGCCGGCGCGCCGCAGGCCGCAGAUUUCGUCGUAUGCCAGUACCACAAGUCUGGCAACUGGCUGGACUUCGAUAUGGGAUACUCUUGGUACAAGGAGAAUGUGCGGCGCACCGACUGCAUGAAAGCCACGGGCGACGACUGGUGUUCGGCAUGCAGCGGUACUACAUGUACCGCCUGCUACCCGCGCGGCACCUUCAGCGGCGCCGCCUCCGACCCCAUCCUGCUCGACGCUCGCACCGGGAAGGCAAGGGACUGGGGGGUGGUGGGCAUGCUGUGCGUCAGCAAGUGCGACCCGAAGGUGACGGGCUGCAAGGGCGGCUGCCUGGUUGACAACAGCACGUGUGUGGAUAGCGUCGUGGUUCCACCGCCCAUCGUGGGAGGGGGAGGUCCAGUGCCGACCAAGGUUGGCAGGAGCUGCGUCAACGCACCCACCGCAUCCAGCGGUGUGCUGACCUUGACUAACGCUCUGCGGAAGCGGCACAACGUUGCGGCCCUGACGUGGAACGUUACGAUGGCCGCACGGGCAAUGGAGCAUGCCGGGAAGUGCGUUUUUGCCAACUCUGCCCAGUCUACCCGAAACAAUGACGCCGAGCUCAUCUUCCGCACCGUGGGCGUGACCUACCCUAAGAACAACCUGGAUGCCUGCGGCUUUGCCACCCAAGAUUGGUACAACGAGGCGACAAGCUACAACUUUGCGAGCCCGGGCAGGAGCCGGGAUGAAGGCAUCACCAGACACUUCACCCAGCUGGUGUGGAAGGGCACCAAGCAGAUGGGCUGCGGCUUUGCGGCCUGCUCGGGAAUGGACUUUGUGGUCUGCCAGUACGACCCUCCCGGCAACCUGGCUGGAGCCACUCAGUACUCGACCAACGUCAUGCGCACCGCUUGCCAGACAGCCACGCGGGACGACUGGUGUGCUACGUGCACCGCCGGCACCUCGCCCGUAUGCUCCACCUGCAUCUCACGCGCCACCUAUGCCGGCGGCCCUGUCGACAAGAUCUCGCUGGAUGCCACGACCAAGAAGUGCGCCAGCAAGUGCCCCUGCGGCAGCGCCAGCUCCGCCAACUGCGCGCUGUGCACCUACAGUGGCGCCUGCUUGCGCUGCAACGCCGGCUGGGCCAAGAACCUUGCUGGGCAGUGCCUGCUGCGCGACUGCCCCAAGCUAUACGGCACCGGCUGCACCGGCUGCACCGGCAUCGCCUGCACCGCGUGCGCCUCCGGUUUCAAGCUCAACCUUGCGCGCACUGGCUGCACCCGCCUGUCCAGGCGCCGGCUGCGCUCGCUGCCCGGGCAGUAG